GAACCAAGCGUAACACACAAUCCUUGAGAGGAGAGAGAGAGAGAGAGAGAGAGAGAACGAGAGAACUAUAAAUAUGUUAUAUAUGUAUAUAUCCUCCGGAAUCCUCCUAUCCAACUUCUGCACAACCCCUUUUCGCUUUCUUUGUAGUCUGAAUUUUGCUUUUUAACAGUUUCGAUUGUUGCAGGUGUGAACCCAGAUGGGCAAGUCCUCUUCUUCUCGUACCAAGAAACGCUCCAAUGUUUCCUCCGAGGCUCGAACAAGGAAGAAAAGUAAGAGUAAGACCAAAACAAGGGAAUAUAGAUCCAAGAAGCUUCGCCGUCGUGACGAUUCUUCUUCUUAUUCCGGUGAGGAUGAUUCAAGAAGUUUGAAAUCGUUAUCGUCUUUUAGCUCAGAUGAUGAUUUGAGAAGUAGAAGGGCUCGAUCGCGCGCUAGGAAGGAUGCAAAAGGGAGCAAGAAGAGGGCUCAGAGACGAUCUUAUAGCCCUGACAGCAGCGGGGACUCUCCCCGUAGAAAGAAGAGGAAAUUGGCAAAGAAGAAGAAUGAUAAGAAAACGCAUUUGAGGAAGAAGCCUAGGAGGAAUGUUAGCGUUAGUUCCAGGAGUAGCGCGUCGUUUAGGUGCUCAACUUGUCCGAGUGAGAGUAUUAGCGGUGAUGAGAUUGAAUCUAAGAGGCAUAGGGGCAGACCUGGAAAACGAAACAGAGUUGAAAGUGGGAUUAACAAGGUUGAAAGUGGGACUAAGAAGGCUAGGUAUAGGUCAAGGAGUUGUUCUUUGUGCAGUCAGCGUAGCGAGAGUGGUGAUUGUCGGAGUGAGGAAAAAGUGACAUAUGAGAACAAUUCGAGGAGGUUGAGAUCUGUAGUUACGGUAGCAGAAGAAAACGAGCAUGGAAGAUGGAUGGAUACGGAUGCGCACAAAGAAGAGAUUACAUAUGAUGACGACUACCCUUCUUGUAGGAGUAAUGAUAGUAAUGAUGGAGGGGGCAAGAGGGAGUUGGAUGAUCGUUUGGAUGUUGCAUUUGAGAAGAGAACGGAAGUAGAGAGUGGGAAAGAGGAAGAAGCUUAUGUUUCUAAUGUUCUAGUCAUGGAUCUCAAAGAUAGUUGUAACAUUUUGGAAAAAGAUUGUACGGGCCAAGAUGAUGGAAUCGGGAUUUCUGGUCCUGCUAAUGAAAAUAAGAAUGAGGUUUCUGGGGCAAUCAUUAGUCUGCCAGGUGAGGAUCUGGAAUCAAUUUUAAGACAAAGGGCUUUGGAAAAUCUAAAAAGGUUCAAAGGAAAGCAUCAAAGAAUUUCAGCGGUAACUACCAAUCAGGAAGACAAGACCGACAUUGAUUUGACACAGCCGUCCACUGCAAAGGUUGAAUUGGUUCAAAUAGAAUCGCCCAGGGAGGGUGGUGCUAGAGUGGUUGUAGCAAAGUCAUCCGAGGAGGAUGUUGCUGAAAGGGUUGAUGCAACGCAAUCAGUAGAAGAGGCCAAUGGGCCUCAAGAGAGAGUUUCCAUUCUUUCUUCCCAAAACCUGAAAAAGGAACCCGAUAGGAUUAAUAGUGGCAGUGAAUUUAUCUCUGCCAAGCAAGAUGUUGCUUGUCCAAUAGAGCAAGUUGGUUGUCCAAUAGAGCAAGUGGCUGUCGGCAGAAAGAUUAAGACCACUGCUUCGCUCUAUAAACCAAACUCGACUUCACCAACCUUGAGGGGCCAUUUGCUAGAAGCUCACCAAACGCUGAAACAAGAACCUGCUUCGCAGGAACCUCCCGAGGAAGGAUUGUUGGUGAGUGAGAGUAAUGUAGAUAAGGGUGCUUCUGAUAUUGCCCAAACCGUGCCCCAAAGAAGCAAUAGAAACGGUGAAGAUGUCAAAGAUAGUUCUGAUAUACAGCAAGAUGAAGCUACUGAUGGCUCACAGUUUGAGCAGAAAACAAUGUCGGUGAUGCGAGGUAGCGAAAUGGUACAGGUGAGUUACAAGGUUUACAUCCCUAAGAAAGCUCCUGCUCUGGCGAGGAGGCAACUCAAGCGCUGAUAUCUGAUCAUCGUUCUGGUGCGCACAAUUUGCUCUUGAUUAAAGCGUUGCAUUGCACGGUCUGAUUGGCUUUCUAGCAGACAUUUUCAUCCGCGGUUUGGUAGUCGUUUUUGGUAGUUAUAUCAUCUGACACGCAUCUAGGUUGAAUGACAUUGAUAUACUUCUCUCUUUUGUGUUCUUUUUCUUGUUUAUGUAAGUUAAGUUGCUCACAAAUAUGAAAUGAAUAAUAAUGAAAUAAUAUGUUCAGGAUAUUACACUGCGCGUA